AUGGGUUCCGACGACAAGGUCGACAAGUCCAAGGUGCACAAGCUCGCCCUCAAGGGCAGCGCGAAGCUCGUCGCCGAGUUCAACAUUAUGCUGAUCAGGCUCUUGCUGAGUAGUUUCAAUAUUCGAUACACACCAUUCUUUUCCAACGAGGUGUCUAUCCUGCGGAAGAUUUCUCUGCUAUCGUCGGACGACCAGGUCAGGGCAUACAUCAAAAAGAUCAUGGGCCAGCUGGACCGCUGGAUGCUUCGCGGAAAGAUCUCCAAGCUCGUCAUCGUCAUCACCGACAAGGACACGGGCGAGCACGUCGAGCGCUGGCAGUUUGACGUGCAAAUCUUUGGCAAGUCAAAGUCAAAGUCCAAGUCGAGCUCGAAAGCAAAAGACCAGGAGAACGUCGCACCCGGCGAUGGGUCAGCGGCGGCCGAGGCCGCGCCCGAGAAGACGGAAAAGGAGAUCCAGGACGAGAUCGCCGCCAUCUUCCGCCAGAUCACCGCCUCCGUCACCUUCCUCCCCCAGCUCGCCGGCGACUGCACCUUCAAUGUGCUCGUCUACGCCGACGCUGACAGCGAGGUGCCCGUCGAGUGGGGCGACAGCGACGCAAAGGAGAUUGAGAACGGCGAACGCGUCCAGCUGCGUGGCUUCAGCACCAGCAACCACCGCGUCGAUACCCUAGUCAGCUACCGUCUGGCCGAGUGA